UCCCUCCCUCAGUCAGUCAGUCAGUUUUUACAAGCUGUUGCAUGCAGCUUCCUCCACAACGCGUGCGUGAAAGCAGAAGGAAGAUGAGAGGAGAAGAGAGGUGGGAAUUGCAGUUGCCUAACCGGGAAUGAAGGCGCAAGAAUGCCCUGUGAGACGGUGUGGAGGACCAGCCACAUUUACGCACACAAGAAGAAGUGAUUUAGAAUCGGAUCUUGGUGUUAAGAGUCAUCUUGGCUGAGAAAGAAAAGUUCGCCUCAGAAGUAGUCUCCAUUAACUAGCAGAGAUGAGAUUGAACCUUUCUACAAAUUGGAUAGUCCGAGGCUGGAUAACGUGUGUCCUCGUGACUUUUUACGCACAGAAUGCAGUCUGCAAAUCUGUCCAGUGUGAUGAAACGCAGUAUUUAAAAGGCUCCAGGUGCUGCAAGAAGUGUGAGCCAGGCUUCCGUGUGUUUUCUGACUGCACUGAUUCCCACCAGACUAUAUGUGUCAAAUGUAAUCGUGGUGAAUACCAACCCGGAUGGACUGAAAAGAUGCGCUGUCUUCAGCAGAAGUUCUGUGACCCAGGAAAGGGUUUUAUGGAGAGGCCUGAAAACCCUGUGGCAGAGGAGCCAUGUCGCUGCCGUCCGAAACUCCAAUGCUGUCCCAUCAACUGUGAGUACUGUGAGAAGAUACCCACCUGCAGUGCUGGAUAUGGACUCGAGGUAGACCCUGAGUCUACUAAUGGAAGGAAGAUCUGUGUUGCGUGUAAGAAAGGCUUCUUCUCUGCUGACAACAAUUCUGAACAAUGCAAACAAUGGACUAAUUGUAAUGCUGAGGGCAGGAGUGAAACACAGCCAGGCAGCGCUCAGGCUGACCCAGAGUGUGGACAACCUGGCACUGGUACAGCAACCUCCUGGGUUAUAGUUUCAGUGCUGUCAGUCAUCACUGUUUUGUGUCUGCUUAUCCUGCUCCUCUUCUGCUACAAGGACAAACUGAAAUUACUCUCUGAAAAUCUACGAUCCUGUGUCCAGAAUCUGAAGAGGACUAGGAUACAACAGGAGACCAUGGCCCCUCUUAACCACAAUGGACCAGCAGCAGGAAGCCAAAACUGUACACCAUGUGAGACGACCAAACUCUGCCCCACUGAUGAGCCCCCAUGCACCUUCCCCACCUCUGUUCCCGAUGUCAAAGUUUCACUGCCCUUCACAGAGGAAAUGACAGAGGAAGAAGGGACCAACGGGAAGACAGUGAUGGAGGAUCAGAGUGAAGGGUCUGGAGAACCUGAGGAGGUGUCAGAAGAAGACGAGGUUGUGAAUGUGUCUCCUCUUUUGGCAGGUUCUUGUGUGUGUGUCAUUUCUGUCCGUGAGCCACUGGAAGUAGGGGAGAAUGAGGACUGUAGUCAAGCUGUCAGCCCCGGGACUCCAGGAACCUGCUCAUGCGGAGGGCUUGAUGGAGAGAGGGAGGGAGAUGAGAGUGGGAAAGAGGAGAAAAGUGGGAGUGUAAGGGCAGACAAUGGUGGAGAAAAGGGUGACGGAAAUCAAGAAAAGAUGGUUUUGUCCAAGAGUGAGACAGGUGUUGCAUCUCUUGUCUCUCUUUCUCCUCCACUCUUCCACACCUCCUCUAUAAUCCCUCCAUCCAUUCCACAUCCUGAACUCUGCCUGCCAUUGUCUCAGGCUCAGGUGAGACCGGAGUUCAAACCUCACCUGACUGACAGGUCACUGGUAAAACAGGAGGAAUUAUACAGACUGGCAAGCACAGACUCCAAUUCAACAGAGAAAAGUACAACCUCCACGAUGACCUCGGUCAGUCCCUUGAUGACUUCCUCAUCUGUUGGAGAUAUCUACCUGGACAAGCCCCCUGAGGCCUCGAGCCCAGAACAAGCCCAGGGACUUUCUUGGGGGGAUAGCAGGGGAAACAAGCUCUCUUCUGUGGAGUCAGAACUGGAGUGCUCGCCUGAGAGCCUUCAUAGUCAGCUGGCUGAACCAACUCUUACCUCAGGUCAGGUGUCUGGGAACCACAACACCACCUUCAUCUCCAGUGGUCAGGUGAUGAACUUCAGCGGUGAUGUCAUCGUCGUCUAUGUCAGCCAAACGUCUCUUGGCAGCGACGGGGCGGGGCAGGACGAUGCCUUUGGGAGCCCUGUCCAGGAAGAGGCCAAUGAGACGGCCCCAUUUUUCCAGAGCUGCCUGAGGUCACAAGGGGACUCCAUUUCCUACAGCACCUUGCAAGACGAGACACUGCCAGUUCAGGAAGCAAUGGAGGAGCGGCCAAUGGCAAAGUGAAAAAUGACCAGUUGCUCUUUAUUUGUCAUUACAAUGAUCAUCUCCAUAACCAUCAGUUAUAUGUUGCAAAAAUGACCUCUGAUUAUUUCUGUUGGUUACUUCACCUUAUAUAUAUCUUAGCUACCAAUUAAAUUACAAAAUUAACUGAAAAAACGCCAUUUGUCUACCAUACCAGCUUUUCAUACAAGAACAAGGAAAGGUCAGGUGAUUGAGAGAGCAACGUUUAGGGAUGCGCUAUCAAUCUGCCUAUAUAAUUUGUUUGGCAUGUAAUAUUCUAUAAUUUGUCCCAUUUCACACAUGUGAAUCUGAAUCUUGCCUCAGGCAUCUCUAAAUUGCCUUUUUUUCAUUUUCCAGUGGAAAGCUGUAGCCUUUUUCAAAUGGAAACUCCCUCCAUUCCAGACAACGGUGGGGAAUUUUGUUGGGAAUUGGAGUUCAGACUGGAAGAACGUCAUAAUUUUUAUUGUUGUAUGGAAAUUGCAGCUGGGUCUUGAUACAAAGAGGUUACUACAUUUUUCAUUUCCUACCUUCCAUCACUGAAUGGCCCAGGUUAAAGUCUGCAGACUCCUAGUUUUUAACCGUUCUAAAUUUGACAUUUGGAUGAUUUGAAGAGUUUCCUUACAUAACAAAAUAUCCACCAUGUGGAAAUAAUUGUGUUUGCUCUGAGAAAAUCAUGCCAUGAAAGUAACUUUUUUUGCUAUAGAAUUCAAUCUAUUAGCUACAUUAAGAUCUGGCAGGGUAGAAUCAAAGUUUGUAAAAAAAAAAAAAAAUAGUGAUGAAUUUAAAGCAUUUCACUAAGUAAAUUUUCCUUUGCUCUGGUUUGUAGGGUUUAACAAAAGCUAUUUUACAGUAAAGAGACACAUCCAGUUUUGGCACGAUGCUUGUUUAUCCUGUAUGUAGACUUUUUCAUUCUCUUCUCAUUGCACCACGGGGGCAGUUUGUGUCUAAGAAUAAAAUGCUAUGCAUUUGAUAAGCUAUUUUUAUUACUGGUUUGUUUUGUUUCAUUAUGUUUUAAUGUGCAAACCUUAAUGAAGAAAAGUAAAAUGUCUGUACUUAGUUUUAAUUAAUUUUUACAAAAGUAGAUUGUUUUUGUAUUGUUUCAGGAGAUGCAUAUGUGAUCAAUCUUUGUAUAUAUUUCAAAAGAAGCUUGAUGUAUUUGUGAAACAAGAAUGAAUAUUCUCUUUGUGCUUCCUCUCUGAUUUGAGGCAUGAAUGUGUUAAGUGGAGCCAUUAACAGCAGGCAAAAUGCACACUACAGUAAUUAUAAGGGACUGUUCAAUUACAACCUCACCAUAUCUAUGCAGCCUUACAAUAAUUAUGUACAUAUCAAUCAUAGCAAUUGCAAUGAAUGACUGAAAGAAUAUUUUGAUGGGAAUUAAAUAUGUUUUGCAUCUAAUCCUUUCAGGGAUGGCUGCUAUCCUGCA